AUAAUAAUGACAUUUUGACUUUAUUAUUGGAAGAAGAUGAUGAAGAAGAUUUUAUAUUUUCCUAUCUAAAACCAAAAAAAAAAGCGAACAGAUGAUAUGUUCAAGUAUCGCGAUACAGAAGGUUUAUACAAAGUGUUAAUUAAUAGACAUUUAAAAAAUAAUAACAUAAAAUUUGGUGAAUUUUUUCGUGUCAAUAUUCAACAGUUUGAGUUUUUACUUUCUAUGGUCGAAAAUGAAAUAAAUUUACCACCAAGUAAUAGAAAUAAAAAACCAAUUUCACCAGCAGAAAAGUUAGCGAUCGCACUGAGAUAUCUAGCUACUGGUGAGUCAAUGCGUUCACUAUCGUUUGGAUUUCGAGUAAAUUAUAGUUAUAUAAGUGUGAUAAUCAAAAUAACGUUAGCUGCUUUAAAAACGAAAUUAAUUCCAAUUUUUAAGCCUGAUACAAAAACUAUUAACUUUAUGUCAAAAGCAGCUGAAUUUUCUUACAAAUGGAAUUUUCCAAAUUGUAUAUCGGCUAUUGAUGGGAAACACUUACGAAUUCGAUGUCCCAGUAAAUCGGGAUCACUACAUCGUAAUUAUAAAGAUUUUUUCUCUAUAGUGCUUCUGGCAAUGGUAGAUGCCAAUUAUAAAUUUGUCGCAGUUGAUAUCGGCUCUUUCGGGAAAGAAGGGGAUAGCGGGAUUUUUUUUAAAAUCGAAUAUUAUGGGAAUAUCGCUCAUUUGGCUUCCCAGAAGAAUGUGAACUUCCCGGGUCAAAUAAAGUAGCGCCUCAUGUCAUUGUGGGUGACGAAGUUUUUCGUUUGGAUAAGCAUAUCAUGAAACCCUAUACAAAAAAAACGGCUACGGCCGAUAAAACGAAAGCUAUUUUCAAUUACAGAUUGAGCCGUGCACGUAGAGUAACAGAAAAUGCUUUUGGAUUAUUAAGCCAAGUAUUCAGAAUUUUCUACCAACCUAUACAUUUAAAAACAAGUACAUGUGAUGAUCUUAUACGGGUGGCUUGCUGUUUGCAUAAUAUGCUCAGAGAAGGAUAUCUGGAGAAAAAUAAAAAUCCCUAUUAUGAAUAUUAACCGGAACAAACGCCUCCUACUGACAAUAUAAUUUUAUUUUCACGAUCUGGUGGUUUCUCAAAUUCAGAAGGUUUUGGUGUAAGAGAAACGUUCAAAUCAUUUUUCGACAAUGAAGGAGCAGUAUCAUGGCAAAAUGAUUUAUAACUAUAUACGCUAUAACAUAACAGCUAUACGUUUAAUGUUUAAAUUUGUUUACAUAAAUUUAAAAAAACUUCCUGUUUUAUUCAUCAAGUACGUAAUCUUUACUAGGU